UGGAUUCGUCGGAUAUUUCCCACAUCAUCGACUUUGAUAGCAAAGCUGAUACGAAGCAGACCAGGUAUUUCGUAAAGCCACCAAGCAGCAAGGAGGGACAUACUCUUCUCUUAUGACGUAAAGUUCCUUCCGGGUUAAAGGUCGUGUGAAGUUCUGUAAAGAAACUUGGGUUCUUGCAGAAAAAAAAUUGCCACACCCCCGAAGAAGUGGGAGCAUAUAUAAUAUGUAAACUACGGUUUGUAGCGAAUUGAAGACAAUUAAUAACAUUGAUCAGUCGGACUUGAUACCUAACUAAAGAUGCCAUUAGCAAAAACGGUUUGAAACUUUACAGGGAGAACCGCGUCGUGACUGGAAGAGAGUACCAACUUUAUUUUUUAUAGUUUGUGUUGUUCGUAGGACUGUGCAGUCGGUUGGAUAUGUCUGUGAACUAUUCUUAUAUCAUAUCUUUAUUAACAAUAUUUCUAUGUACGAUAAUCAGUUUAACAAUAGCUUUCCCUUUGGAUGAGUUAGAAGUGAUAAAGACACCUGACGAUUGGUCAAUUUACGAAAACCAGGAUAAUUUAAUCAAAAGAGAUUGUGCAGGAUUCCCUUGCAUGUACACACAUAUGGCAGAAAAAGCAGGGCGGGCGUCUUUAUUCCGUGCUCUCGCCAGGAUCAUUGACGACUGUGCGGCGGAUCCAAGAUGUAAUCCAGGACGAAGAAAGAGGUCCGUAUUAAGGAUGCUACGAAAUAAAUCUAAAUAGACCUGUUUAAACGGACCAAAAAGAAAAAUUGUCUCAAAGUUCAAUUGACCAAUCAGAGAGGCGAACGUCAUUACGAGCGAGUUUAUGGACCAAUCAUAUUUAUAACAGUUAACCUUUAGUGGAAGUGAGAGAUUGUGUGUUCUAGUGCAUAAAUGAAGUGCUGUCUGCAAAAAACUUCUCCAACUUCCAUUAUUUUGUAUCUUAGUGUUAAAAGCUUUAAAUUUAUUUAUGUUAUAAUAUCUCUACACAAUAAAGUAUUUUCUUUA